UCUACAGCGGUGGGUAAUUCACUGGUCCAUAAGCGGUCUCCUUUACGUCGAAGCCAUAAGACCUCAGCAUCUCUGACCAAGCUGUCGUUACGUGAUGGACAGAAAGCCAAAAAGCCACUGUGUAAAUUUGAAGAAGGUCAGGAUGUCCUAGCUAGAUGGUCAGAUGGCUUGUUUUAUCUUGGAACUAUCAAAAAGAUAAACAAACUGAAGCAGAACUGCUUCAUUAUAUUUGAAGACAGUUCUAAAUCCUGGGUUCUCUGGAAGGACAUACAAACAGGAGCCACUGAAAGUGGGGAAAUGGUCUGUACAAUGUGUCAGGAAGAGUAUUCAGAAGCACCGAAUGAAAUGGUUAUAUGUGAUAAAUGUGGGCAAGGUUAUCAUCAGCUGUGUCACACACCAAAUAUUGAUUCUAGUGUGAUUGAUUCCGAUGAUAAAUGGCUCUGUCGACAGUGUGUUUUUGCAACAACAACAAAGCGGGGUGGUGCGCUUAAGAAAGGACCAAAUGCCAAAGCACUGCAAGUCAUGAAACAAACAUUACCAUAUAAUGCAACAGACCUUGAGUGGGAUGCAGGUCAUAAAACCAAUGUCCAGCAGUGUUACUGCUAUUGUGGAGGACCUGGAGACUGGUAUCUAAAGAUGUUGCAGUGCUGCAAAUGUAAGCAGUGGUUUCAUGAGGCGUGCGUGCAGUGCCUCCAAAAGCCAAUGCUUUUUGGUGACAGGUUUUAUACGUUCAUUUGCUCAGUGUGCAGUUCUGGACCAGAAUACCUCAAACGUUUACCCUUGAGAUGGGUAGAUAUAGCACAUCUAUGCCUUUACAACCUAAGUGUUAUUCAUAAGAAGAAAUACUUUGAUUCAGAGCUUGAACUCAUGGCCUAUAUUAAUGAAAACUGGGAUAGAUUGCAUCCUGGUGAGCUGGCAGAUACACCAAAAUCUGAAAGAUAUGAGCAUGUACUGGAGGCAUUAAAUGAUUACAAGACCAUGUUUAUGUCUGGAAAAGAAAUAAAGAAAAAGAAACAUUUGUUUGGGUUGAGAAUUCGUGUUCCUCCUGUGCCACCAAAUGCUGCUUUAAAGGCUGAGAAAGAACCAGAAGGAACUUCUCAUGAGUUCAAAAUUAAAGGCAGAAAAUCAUCUAAACCAAUCCCUGACGUGAGGGAAUUAAGUAAUGGUAUAGAAAGAAAGGGGAAAAAAAAAUCAGUAGGUCGUCCACCUGGUCCCUAUACAAGGAAAGUGAUUCACAAAACUCCAGAGUCGUCUCCUCUGGAUAAUGAACCAGUUCCAGUGACAGAGAACCCAGCCUUGGAAUUACCCUGCACUGUUGGGAGAUCUGAUGGAACUGCACACUCAUCCAAUACCUCAGAUGUGGAAUCCACAGGUGCUGCCAGUAUGAAAGAAACUACCUCAUCUAGCAUUUCCAGACAUUAUAGUUUAUCUGACUCGAGAAAAAGGACUCGUACAGGAAGAACUUGGCCUGCUGCAAUACCACAUUUGAGAAGAAGAGGUCGCUUUCCACGUAAAGCACUCCAGACUCAAAAUUCGGAAAUUGUAAAAGAUGAUGAGAGCAAGGAAGAUUACCAAUAUGAUGAACUCAAUACAGAGAUACUUAACAACUUAGCAGAUCAGGAGUUACAGCUCAAUCAUCUGAAGAACUCAAUUACUAGUUAUUUUGGUGCAGCAGGUAGAAUAGCUUGUGGGGAAAAAUACCGUGUUUUGGCUCGUCGGGUGACACUUGAUGGAAAGGUGCAGUAUCUUGUGGAGUGGGAAGGAGCAACUGCAUCCUGACUGUAGGACAGAACAUUAUGUUCACUGCACUGUCAUCUGUAAGUACAGUUCAUAAUGCAGAGCCACGAGAGAAACGUCUUUAAAUGUGUUUCUAAAAACAAAACAAAACCAGUUUAGCCUUAACAUGUAAUUGUUAUCAUUACAGCUCUUGUGAUAAAGACUUAUCUUUUUAAAAUCUGAUCUGAAACUUAAAUUUUUUAAUCUAAACAUUGUUAGAUUGUUUUAGGUUGGGAUAUUUUGGGUUACAAUUUCUUAAAAACGUGCAUGGUGUUU